AUGAGCACAGGUACAAAAAUAAUGAAAAGUGGUAGUGAACCACCAACAGCACUUGAACUCGAUGUUUCACAGCAAUUCACUGAACUCGAAGGAAAUGCACAAUUUAAAGGUCAAUUACGUGAACUUUAUAUAACUGGAGCUAAGAAAGUUGAAUUAGGUGAUGGACGAUCAGCCUUAGUAAUUUAUAUUCCAGUACCGAAAGUAAAAAAUUUUCAACGAAUUCAUUCGUUACUUGUUUCUGAACUUGAAAAAAAAUAUAAUCAAACUGUUGUUCUUUUGGGACAACGUCGAAUUUUACCAAAACCAACACGAAAAUCGAAAACACAAUCGAAACAAAAACGACCAAGAAAUCGUACAUUAACUGCAGUACAUGAUGCUAUUUUACAUGAUCUUGUUUAUCCAGCUGAAAUAACAGGAAAACGUAUUCGAAUUAAAUUAGAUGGAUCACGUCUUUUUAAAAUUCAUCUUGAUAAAAAUCAACAAACACUUGUCGAAAAUAAAGUACCAGCUUUUCAAUCAAUUUAUAAAAAACUCACUGGAAAAGAUGUUCAUUUUGAAUUUCCAGAAGUGCUCGUCUGA